AAAGUACCGGAUUCCAGCCUCCAGGAAAUGUUUUGAUUCAGCUUAGAGAGAGGAUUUUAGUUUCAUUUAUGGCUAGAUAUUCAAAAUAACACCAUGACUUAAUUUGCCUUCAUUUCACAAACAACCAAGGAUAACUAGGGACUGGUUCUGGUCAUUCAGAAACUCCCGCUGUGGCUUAGAAGUUACGAAAAAUGGAUGACUUCUUGACUACCGCUCGCCUGGCCUGGGCCCCUGGGCGAGUUAGGAUGGAGUCCCCUUUAGUCAACAGUUACAAGAAGCCUUUCAUCUUCCGUCGGCUCAUCGAAACCUUCUUUGGGGGUUUGCGACUUUUUGCCUCCCAAGAUGUUCCUGUAUAUAUAUAUUUGAUGCAAAUUCUUCUCUUCAGUGGUGCGCCCUUACUCUGUACACUGUUUAUUGUACUGGAACACCAUGGGCAUGUCACAUUACCUCAAGCAAUCUUCUCAAAUUUUGCAGCGUGCUUGAUCUAUGCCUUCCUCACUCAGGGCCUUGCUUUUUGUCUACGAAAUCGAAGAUCAAAGUCAAGAGAGAUAGAGCAAAUGAACCUGGCAUCAGAUGAAGAGGUCCUUCUUUUUGAUUCACCCAUUGGUGCCAGGACGUGGGCAUUCCUUAUAAGAGAGAAGCGUUUAAUAGCUAGUAUUAUUGUGCACUCGGUUGUUUGUGGGAUUGUUUGUGGAUCAGCUAUCUACUAUGUCAGACCAAAAACGAUCCUGGAAUUCAACGUGUCUUGGGGCUUGUCGCUUGCCUACACAAUAAUUGGUCUCAUAACUGUGGGAUCUGGAGUCUGGCCUCUGAUUGGUGGACCCACACCUGAGCCUGCCCUGUAUCGGCCCCUCCCCUUUGAUCUGGCUCUUCUUUCGCGACCUCUGCACAUCCUCUUCUGUGUUUUGAUUUAUCAUAUUCAUGUUGUCUAUCCACACGUUGUCUGGCUCGGCAUCUUAGACAUGAUCUGCCACAUCAUUUUCAUUUUCUUUUUGAUACUUUGGCUGCUUGGAGUAAUGCCUCCCAUAGAUGCAUUUGUAUUCUGGCUGCUGGAACAGUGGAUUGUUGUUGGUUUAGGGGGUUCACCAUUAUGCUCUGAUGGACAUAUAAUUGGCUACUCCUUUUUCGGCACCUUAAGCCUUUUCAACGUGGCCACCAUGCCUACCUUCGACUCGAAGAUGAUCAUUGCUGCAGGCUGGGGAUUUUUUCUGAGCCUGGAUAUAGGUUGGAUGAUUGCAUCGCUGCUCUCGCACAAUGUCAAGUUCCUCACUGGAAUGUCAGGCAAGUAUGAGGAGACACACCCUGUUGGUGGCAGGCCUUCCCUGCGUCGUGUCACAUGCCGUCGCGAGUUAGCUUUCUUUUUGCCGCUGUUCAUCGCUGUCAUGGCCAUCAGCAUGGGGAUACACCUGCCUAAUAUGGAGUGGUAUGGAGAGAUCUUUGAAGCAGUUCAAGGGAAAAAUAAGACCAUAGAGGAUGUGAAGAUGCUACAGUUUUUUCAGAGACCAUUUCUCUUUGAGGACUCAGCACGCAACAUCACAGGAUCAGUCAUUCUUAUAAUCACCGCUCUUUUGCUCAUCCUCAACGAAUCCCAGAAAGUCUACAUACUAGGCCUCUUCAAGAAUCCUUUGUAUGCCUACCAAAAGAGAAUUCAGAAAAGCUUCUUGAUGUACUUUGUUUCGCAGUUUCUACAGUUGGGAUGUCCAUUUAUAUCAAUGCUGUUUUUGCAUCAAGUAAUAACAGCAGAACUUUACUUGCAAGUCACACCAGUUCCAAGAACCUUCACACAUUUGCUGUAUACUAUUCCAGUUGUGAGGUGUUUUAGAGGGAUUUGGCAGUUCUCUCAAGCCUACUUCAUACAACUCUCUGCCUUCUUCCUCCUUGAUCUGAUCUACCGUGAGACAGACCUGCUUCUAGGAGCCUGGGGCUCCUUCCCCCCAGCCACAAGGAUAUUUUUCAUUAGUCUGAGUUACCUGUGGGGUACUCGGUUUGUGCAGAGGCUCUCAACUGUAAUUAUCUUUAUGUUAACAUCAGUUUUGGAGAGUAAGCAGAGAAGUCCGAGGCUUUGGUUCCUAAUAGUUUCACAAACUCUUAGUCACCAAGGAGUCUCCCCUGUUUACCCCAUGCUGUGA